AUGGAGAAUGCGGACGAAUUUGACAGCGAGUGCAGUGAGUACGUCACGUUCACGCCUAGCGUUCGCCAAUUAGAUGAGAGAGGGAUGGAGCGGCGCAGUGCGACCGAGCCGUGCAUUCAAGUUCAUUACUUCCGUAGUGUGGCGGCCGCGGCGCGCCCUGACCGUGCUCCCGAUACAAGCUUGCACUUUAUUGAAGGUGCCAUGUGUAUGACCACGGAAACAAUACUUUCUAUUAAUACAUCCGCUGCCAUUAACGAUCAUCUAACAAUUACGUAG